CAGUUUAUCAGCGGGACUGAAACCGACUUGGCUUUUACACACGUUUGUGACCUUAUUUUGCAUGAACCACGCGUAAAAGACCUAGUUUUCGUUCAAGUUCGGUCAUUGGCGACAGAUGGCCUCGUCAAAGAAAGCGUUUGUCAGCAAGAGGGUCUUGGUGGAUAAUGAGAUCAAACCCGCCUGUAUUGAGGUUCAGAACGGACAGGUAUGCCGGGUCCUUACUGAGGGAUUCGAGGCCAAGGAUUACAGUGAGGUGGAGGAUGUUGGGAAUUUGCUGAUAAUGCCGGGGAUUGUGGAUGCCCAUGUCCAUGUAAAUGAGCCCGGGAGAACAAGCUGGGAGGGUUACACCACCGCCACAAGAGCUGCGGCAGCAGGGGGGAUUACCACCAUAGUGGACAUGCCACUAAAUUCCAUUCCAUCAACAACCACAUUGGAUGCCUUUAGAAUAAAAAUGGAUGCAGCCCAGAACCAGUGCUUCGUGGAUGUAGCCUUCUGGGGAGGGAUAGUUCCAGGAAAUUCUAAAGAACUGAAGCCCAUGUUAAAUGCGGGCGUGGUGGGCUUUAAAUGUUUCCUGAUACACAGUGGAGUGGAUGAUUUUCCACAUGUGGAGCGAGCUGACCUAGAAACUGCACUCCAGACACUUCAAGGCACUGAUGCCACAGUGCUGUUCCAUGCAGAAAUGGAUUGUGCAUGCAGUGGACCAAAAGGAAAUCCUGAGGAAUAUAAAACAUUCCUGGAAUCCCGACCAGCCAUAAUGGAAGAGAAAGCCAUAGAUCUUGUGUGUGAAAUGUGCCUUAAAUACAAAGUGAAAUGUCAUAUAGUCCACCUGUCGGCUGCCUCGGCUCUGCCCACUAUUAUAGCGGCGAAGCAGAAGGGGGCCCCUCUAACCGUGGAGACCUGUCACCAUUACUUGUCACUGAAUGCAGAGACAGUUCCCAAUGGCAACACUUUGUACAAGUGUUGUCCACCAAUCAGGGAGAAGAAAAACCAGGAUCUCCUGUGGGAUGGUCUUAAGAAGGGCUACAUAGACAUGGUGGUGUCUGAUCACUCGCCCUGCACUCCCGACCUUAAACUCCUGGAAAAGGGUGACUUCAUGGAGGCCUGGGGAGGGGUUGCUUCUGUACAGUUUGGUUUGUCUCUCUUCUGGACAAAUUGUCGUAACUACGGAAUGACAUUGUUUGACAUGGUGAAAUUGAUGUGUGAGAAUACAGCCAAAGUGGCCAGUCUAAGUAACAGAAAGGGGGCCAUCAAGCCAGGAUUUGAUGCCGACUUUGUUAUCUGGGACCCUGACUCGCCAUUCAAGAUAACAGAAGACAAAAUUUACUACAAAAACAAGGUUUCUCCAUAUAUGGGUAGAACACUGCAGGGACGUGUGUACCAAACUGUUGUCCGUGGCAACACAGUGUUUGAAGACAAGGCCGGCUUGACUAGUUCCCCUCAAGGAGGAUUUCUCUUGAAGGACCAGCAAGAUGAAAAAUCAAAGCUGUGAAGUGCAUAUCAUUUGUUUCUUUUUAAGCUUUAAUAUAUGACCUGUGAUAAUCUGUAUACUGUAGAUGUACAGGCAUUGUAGGCUAUAAGUUUUCUUUUACAUUCCUAAAAACACACAUUCUAGAAAUAUAUUCUUUUUCUGUUUUUAUACUGUUUUCAUGCUGUGGUGGGGCACUUUAUCAGAAUAUGUGUAUGAUAUACAGAAACCUGUUCAUUUUUUCAGUAUUGCUCAAGGUGUGCAUUCAGCUAAUAUUGUUAAGAUCAUUGUUUUUUACUCUGUUAUACAAUUACACAUCUUGUACAUGCAUGUGCUACAGGUGCCUUGUUGAAUUUUUAUAUAACAGCAUUAUACAAAUAUUGUUGGGACUUUUCCAAUUAUUAAAUACAAUAAAAUCCAAGAGAAGAUUAACAA